AUGAUGGACGAUGGCGCACCCGCCUAUGAUCCUUCCGGAUCAACCGCACCUCCAAUGGCGCAUCCACCAUCCAGCGAUACUUCCGGACCACCAGCGGCUCCACUGGCCUCUCGCUUCUUGGUUCCGGACCCUGGAACCGCUGCCGCCGGAAAGUAUCUUCCGCCACCGAAGGCCCGUAAGGGCGAUGCAUUUCUCUCACCACUCCCCAAGGACCUCGUUGCUCGACCUCCCCGCCGUGAGCCUCAGUUGCGGGAAUCACGCCGGAUGACUGAGCCCGCCCUGAGGGCUCAUCUGUUCGCCAAUAUUCGAAAUAUAGAGGCGGCCUUGGUGGUUGUCGGAACCGUGAAGGAGACCACGGACCAAGAAUGCACCCACUGCAAGAAGCUGGGAGGGCCCUGGGCCCGGUGCGUCAUCAUUGAGGGUAUUGCUGGCGACGGACUACCCUGCGCCAACUGCCAUCAACUAGGACGGGCAGACUCGUGCGAGUUCACCGGAACCGCGCCACCACGAUACACUCGGGCUAACCGCGCCCGCUUUCGAACGGCUCGGCCUGCGGACAACCACCCAGAGGUACGUGCGAUCGCCGAUGUGAACCUUGCUGAGCAAAUUCGAGUGCUCGAAUCGUCCCACAGAAUUCAGGUGGUCCUCAUUCACGAGGCUAGUCGAACUGUUACAGAUCUGCUCAACGUUGUUCGUGAAUCCUUUGAUCUAGUCAUAAGGGGUUCGAACACCAACACUAUCCAAGAUCGGGACCUCCAGCGACAUGGUGAAAACAUAACGCUUCUGAUCCGUGCCUACCAGCUUGAGUGUCGCCAGAAUGAUGUUGAGAGAGACAUGGCGAACCAGCUCCGCACCUUGCGUUCACAACUAUGA